CGCAACACUGCAGUUUGUCAUAAUAUUGUUCCACUUAAAUUGCUCAAUUAAGCGACCGAAGCAACAGAAACAGCCAGAAAUCAGACGAAAUGUGCCCAAUCCAUCUGUAAUAAACAGCCACCGAUAGUGGAGCAACCGCGUGACGACCAAAAUGCAACAUCUGCCAAAAAGGGCCGUCGAGCGAAGGUAGAAAGCAAAUAUUGACAUAACACGUCGACGUUUGGGAGCAGCUAAAACCAAACAGGGAAACCAUACGGCGCUGAAUUUUAGCCGCAGAGCAUGUGUUAUGGCCACGACAAGAUCCACAGGGGAUGCCGCCACGUCCGCUGAUUCGGGGACGGGAUCCGGAUCUGGAUCGUUAACCUCUGGGACCAGGAAAUUGUCAACGGCAAGUGGGAGUGGAAUCGCAGGAGGAGCGGCUCCCAGUUGGCAGAGCUGCUACUACUGCACCCGGGAACAGUUCAAGACCAUCAGCGACUUUGUCAAUCAUCUUCGAAAUCGUCACUGCACCCGCGAAGGCGGCUCCUUCGUCUGUCGCUAUGGCUUCAAUGGAGUGUGCGCCUCCCUGCCACUGGACGGCGUCUCAGAUCGCGACUACGACGCCCAUGUGGCCAAGUACCAUGUCAACCAGCACACGCGGGAGAUGCCCCCCGAAUGGGGAGUCUACUCGGCCGCACAGAAUCUGCCGGCAGUGCUCAACGAUCCCUCCCGCGGCAAGCAGAGCAAUCUGUUCACCAAGAAGUGGGGCGAGCACUUCGUGGAGCGAGCACCGGCUCCAACUUCCCGAUUGCCGGAUAUAACCCAUGCGGACUUCGCCGUGUAUCUGGGCAGCAUCGGGAAGCGAUACCGCUGGCACGAGCGUCGUCAGCAGCAAUUGGAGCGCGAUAAACCGCUGGAGAAUGGCGCACAAGGGGCGACUGGACCGGCAAGUGGUGGCCAGACACCCACCCACCUGAGUUCGGUGCCUGAAAUCUUUCUUAAAUCACAGCUGCAGCUGCAUCACCCGGCCACCUUCAAGCAGGUAUUCCCGAAUUACAUGCAAACAUCGGCUUCCAGUCCAGAAACCCAUCAGCAAACUGGCCGCCAGCUGCAGGAACAGCUGAGUCACUAUCUGGACAUGGUGGAGGUGAAGAUAGCACAGCAGGUUUCGCAGAAAUCGGCUGCAUUCUUUCACGCCAUGACCACGCAGCAUGCUAUUCUGGCGGAAAUGGAGCAGGCGGCCGACCAAGUGCGUCAGCUGAGGGCAGCGCUGGCCCAACUGCACAGCCAUUCGGUUGUGGACAGCUUUAAGGUGCUGCGGUUUGCCCAGAGAAGACAGCACUACAACCUCACGCUGGACAAACUGCGACUGAUGGCCACCGUGCACAAGACGCAACCGAUGCUGCAACUUCUUCUGGGCACCCAGGACUAUGUGGCUGCCUUGGAUUUGAUUGGAACCACCCAGGAGAUCCUCUCUGCUGAGCUCCUCGGCAUUCACUGUUUUAAGCACCUGCCGAUGCAGCUCAGCGAAAUGGAGAAGCUGAUCGACAAGAUGCUGACCACGGAAUUCGAACGCUAUGCUGCCGCCGAUCUCAAUCGACCGCUAACGGAUGCCUUGCGGGAAACGGACAGCGUUUGCGCCGAAGAGGACAAGCUGGUGGCCAUUGUUAUGGGUCUUCUGCGCAAGCAGAACUUUUCGUUUGUCCAGUCUUAUCAACAGGAAGCCAUCGCCACCAUUCGAGCCAUCAUCAAACAGCUGCUGAUUGAGGUUCUGGCGCGCAGUGACAGCGAUCAGGAGAUCAGUUUAACUGGUCACGGUGAGCAGGCAUUGGAGCUCACUCUGCCCGAAUGGAUUUCCCUCCUUCAGCGAUCCAGUCAGGCGCUGGUUUCCAUUCUCGAACGCAUUAAAACUGUAGUCGGUAUUAUGCAACAAACAGCAGACGCAGCUGUGGGAGCCCAGGACGCAGUGAAUCUGAUAGAUUCGGAGGCCUUUCUUAGUCCGGGACACCAUGAGCAACUGAACUCACAGUUGCAGCAGCUCCUGCAAGCCGUCUGCCAUUACUGCCAUGAGCGUUGUGCCAACAUUGUUUCCCCUCAGAGUUUGGAAAAGAGUUCAGCGAGCGAGCAGGAGCUCUUGCAACUCUCCGAGAUCGUAGAACAGUUUGGCGAGACGACGCGGAGCAUUUGUGGAGUGGCCAGUGUGCCGCUUCAGUUGGCUUUAAAAGUCCAGGCCUCGCGAUACGCUCAAAGAUUCCAUUCCGAACGGAAGCAGAAACUGUCCCUACUUUUGGAUCAGGAGCGUUGGCGACAGGUGGAUAUACCGCAUGAGUUCCAGAGGAUCAUCGAACGCAUGGCCGCAGGGGACUAUGCAAAACCAGAGAUGGGUAAUCUAAUAAGCAAUGGAGCUGGGAAUCCCGUGCUUUUGGUGGAAGGAAAGCAACCGUAUACAUUGGUCAGCGCUUCUCUCAUGCUGAUUCGAAUGCUGUAUGAAUACGGAGGAAGUGCCCAUAGGCUGCCGUUGCUGGCCAGCUAUCAUGCCCGAAAUGUGGUGGACCUGCUGCGAUGUUUCAACUCACGAAGCUGUCAACUGAUCAUUGGAGCAGGAGCAAUGCGGGUGGCUGGGCUAAAAACCAUCACAAGCACCAAUCUAGCACUAGUUUCCCGAGCACUGCAAUUGGUUCUCUGGCUGCUGCCCAAACUUAGAGAACACUUCCAGGCGAUGAGUGGCUACGAGGCCAUCGAGCGUGAUUACCAGGGUCACAUCAAGGAGAUCGAGAACAAGAUACACGGUAUCGUCUCCGAGAGAUUGGCAGCCCAGCUGGAAGCGUGGGAGGCGCGACCACCGAUACCUUCCCAGACCUUCCGUCACAUCUCCCGCCAUCUGGUGAAAUUGCACGAGGCGAUUGCAGGAGUGCUGCCAGAGGCACAAAUCCACGAGAUCUACGGCGUGGUGCAUCGAAACUUCAAGGACAAGCUGCGGGAGCAACUGCUCAAAUUGAAUGUGAACAACAACGGGGGUCCGCAGCACGGUGUUGUCACCUCGGAGCUGACCUUCUACAUGGAAACGCUGCGCACACUGAAAGCCCUGCCCGCCGAUCAGCUGGACAACGGCAUUCUGGAGGAGAUCUGGCUCUACUGAGCAUUCCGAAGUAUUCCAUAUGGACGACGUGGUCAUCCUUCGACCGCCCAGCCUAGUUCGUCUUCAUUGUUUGUUAUCCUUGUUUUAUUUAUACGAUGGCGAUUUGGAUGCGACCAAUCUGUCUAUUUUGUUUGCCCUCUGUACAUUGCUUGUACUUUUAUGUUCCGCCCUAGCAGAAGAAAAUGGGAAAUAUGCCUCUUUUGUUGCGCACUUUUUAUAACACUUAAGCUUAAAGUCAUUGGAAAGGCUUAUGAUUAAAGAAUUAUAGAUUAAUCAAAACA